CGCGACUCGUCGCAUGCGGGUUCUCGCGCCUUUCUUCCGCCAUGCGCGCGGGGGCCGCAGGGACGCUGAGAGCGUUGCAGGCAGCAAGGCUGGAGCGAAAGCCACCAGACCCGGUGGUGGUGCUGCUGGGAGAUGCAGAGGCGCGGAAGACUGUCCGGGAGUGCUUGGGAGCGGAGACGCGGAUGUCCGCGGAUGGGGUCACAGCCCACAUGCUGCGGGGCCUGGUCUUGGUGGAGCCCGCGGAUCUGCUGGGCGCCGCCGAGGUCACAGAGCUGGCCACCUUCCUGCGGGGGCUUCAGGAGGCCCACGCCCUGCUUCUCUGCGAUGCGGAUCCGGAACCGGAUGGCCUCGCGGAGAUCGGGCCCAUGCUCGCCAGCUUCUAUGGCCUUAGCGGCCGGCAGCUGCUGGACUUCCUGGUGGUCGCGAAGCCGCGGGACCGGCCCCUGAACCAGACGCUGUCCAGGUACCACCUCGAAGAGGAGUGCCCGGACGACGGAACUGUCUUCCAUUUCGACAUGGAUGCGGAGGCGGUGCCUGGGCUGCUGGGCGAGCUGCGGCGGCGGGCGCCGCGGAGCUGCGAGCCGCUGCGUUGCCUCAGCCCGCUGCUGGCGCAGUACCGAGGCAUCCGCCAACAGCUGGGGACACGGAAACCCUCCCUGCGGUGCACCUCUCCGAUGUCCAGCGUAUCGGCGCAGGAAGAGGAGUUCCAGGCCGGCCGAACUUGGACGGUGCUGGUCUUCGGCAAGACCGGGGCGGGCAAGAGCCACCUGGCCAACCUGCUGCUAGGCUUUCCGGCCUUCGCCGCCGGGGACUCGGUGGCCUCCGUGACGGGCCAGGACUCCGUCCGAAAAGCCACGUCCACUGACGGGCAUCUCACGGUCUUGGACACCAUCGGCUUCGGGGAUACGGGGCUGCCCCCAGAGCAAGUGGUGCGAUCUCUGCGGGACACUGCCCUCGAGGCGAGAGCUUCCGUUGAGAUCCGCCGAGAGUUUCGAGAGAUCCGGCGGCUGAUCGCCAUGGGCGAUGCGAAGUCCGCCAAGGAGGUGAAGAAGAAGGCCCACGAGGGAGAGCGCGUGCGCAUCGCGCGCUCUCGUCGGGAAGUCAAGAAGAAGGAGCCAGCCAAGGCUGAGAAGCCCGAAAAGGCUGAGAAGAAGGAUGAGAAGAAGGUGGAGAAGGUGAAGCCCAAAGCGGAGAAGAAGAAGGAGCCGCCCAAGGCGAAGAAGGAGGAGCCGAAAGAGAAGACGAAAGCACCCGAGGCCAAGAAGCGAAAGAAGGAGGAGAAGGCGCCUGAGCCAGAGGCAGGCCGUUAG